AUGUCGAGCAGUGGGAGUACUCCUAUCAACAGCCCACGGAAGGUAUUUGGUAGAACAGCAACACUGGAUAAGAAUGCAAUGCUGGAGUAUGAGAUGAAUAAAAAUCUAGAUGGGAAAUUUCGCGAAAAGGCCGAGAAGGAACUGGGAGAGAUCGGCGGCGAGAUGACGUACGCCAAAAUACGCCAACUACGUCAGCAGCUGAACAUCUAUGCCGAACACCACCAGCGCGGACUGGGAGGCCGUCGGGACGAUUCCUUUUUGCUGCGUUUUCUGCGUGCGAAAAAGUUCGAUGUGGAUAAAGCAUUCAAGAUGAUUCAAAAAUAUUACAAAAUGAAGGAUGAAUGUCCGGAAAUUUUCAAAGUAUCCCCACCGUCGGAGAUGAAAUUCAUGCUCGAGAUGCAGAUACAAUGUAUGCUACCAAAGAAGGACGACCACGGGCGUCAGAUUUAUGUGUUUCGAGUUGAAAAAUGUGAUCCAUACAAAAUUCCAGUAGACUACGUUUUUCGAAGCAACGUGCUGGCUCUAGAGGAUGUGGUUCGAAAUCCGGAAACACAAAUCGGAGGUUUGGUGGUGUUGCUGGACAUGGCAGGGCUGGGAUUUGCCCAUGCAAGGUAUCUAUCGCCACAUUUGGCCAAAAAGACAGUAGAGGUGAUUCAGGAAGCGUUUCCUAUGCGUUUUAAGGCAUUCCACGUACUGCAUGAACCAUUUUAUUUCGAUGCAAUUCUGGCGGUUCUCAAGCCGUUCCUAAAAGACAAAAUCAGAAGACGGAUACAUCUUCACGGUCACAGUCUAGCGUCGUUACAUAAAUAUAUCGCAAAAGAUGUUUUACCGGUAGAGUAUGGCGGAACGCUUCCACCGUUCGAUAAUACUGAAUGGCGCACGAACAUCCUGGAUAACGAACAGUAUUUUAUUGAUCUCGAAUCAUACAAUCAAAGUGCGGACAGUUGCUAUCAGGAGGAAUUGGAUAAUGCCGAUGCCGAGAGCAUUGAAAGUUUGCAGUUUGGCGAUACCGAAACGGAGGAUAGUGAGUUCGAUGACGAUGAUAAGCGGGUGCUGAGUCCGAAGCGAACUCCAAGAUCGUUGGUUAACAUCGAAGAGAUUUUCCUCAAAAAUGGUCUUCAAGGAGCUGAGUUCGAAAUGAAUCCGGAUGGCCGGGUUGAAAGCAAAGAGCAUUCGAGCAAGCACACCGAGAAAGAGCGCGGAGCUCGGCUACGGAGCGUCGGAGACAAUUUUCCAGGAACCGAGCGGAAAAGCCCGUUCGCCGCCGUUCGAAUUGACCUGCAAAGCUCGCCAUUGGUUUACUCGCAUCGGGUAAUCGUUGGAAGUGAUUGUGCCAUGUACGUGUCGUGUCAUGCUCUUGUUUCGACGUGCCAAUUGGGAGCAAAAGCUUCGGUAAAUUAG